GUCAUCAUUCGCUUUUGAUCAUCACAACGUUUUAGUCCGGUUCAGUUCAAUCGUGGGAGCACUCAACAUGAAGGCGUUCGUAGUAUUGUCGAUGGUUCUAGCCAUUGUCUCCUGCACGGUAGUCGACGAUUCUUCCAAGAAAGAAAAACGUGGUCUCUGGGAGCUGAGUAACGAUCAUGACGACCUCGGAUACGAUCACAAAACCAUCACCAAAACUAUCACCAAGAACGUGCCCGUUCCAUACCCGGUUGAAGUUGAGAAGCACGUUCCGGUUCCGGUGAAGGUUCCAUAUCCAGUCACCGUCGAAAAGAAGGUUCCAGUGGUCGUGGAAAAGAAGGUUCCAAUCUACGUAGAGAAGAAGGUUCCCGUACACGUCGAUCGUCCAGUUCCAUAUCCAGUAGAAGUCACGGUCCCAGUCGUCCAGAAGGAAUACGUCGAAGUGCCGAAACCGUACGCAGUUCAUGUUGAGAAACCCUACCCAGUGUACGUCAAAAAGCCGGUGUACAUUGAAAAACCUGUUCCAGUGACUGUGCACAUCAAGGAACACAAAAAACACUUCUUCGGUUUAUUUUAGUAGAAUACUGUAAGCGAAGUACCUUUAAGAGUUAACUA